CACACGCGCUCUGCUCUCUCUUUUCAAUCCGCGUGCCCGCGUGUUUGCGAGUGUUCAGAUCGAGUGAUUCCAACUAGGGGAGGAAAUGCCAUCAAAAGUCAUGCCAGAAACUGACACAUAUAUGGAAGAAGAGGUGGACGCCGCCGCGGAUCUUAAGGCCUCAAAGAGCAAAUCUAAGGAUGGCAAGAAACAGAAGAAGAAGAAGCAGGUGGUAACACAGGAGGAGGUGGAGGAAGAUGUAGAGUGUGAACCUCCUGCACCUAAAAAGAAAAAGAAGAAAGGCAAGCUUGCAGAGGACCAAACACAUAAGCACAUCGAUGAGGCCACAGAUGUGAAUGACAACAUUGAGGAUGUUGAACCACCCAAAAAGAAGAAAAAGAAGAGCACAAAAGCAGAUAAGGAGACCAAAAAAAAGAGAACAAUUGCUGAAGCUAUCAACGGACAUUCCAUGCCAGAGACACCAGUUGAGACCCCCAACCCGACCCCAUCUCAAUCAAGCGAUGACUCAACCAGUGACAUUGAUAAAGAAAUUGAGGAGACACCAGAACAAAAAGAAGGGGCCUUCUCCAACUUCCGAAUCUCUCAAGACACCAUUGAGAAGCUAAAAGCUCGUGGUGUCUCCUACCUAUUUGACAUUCAAGUCAAAACAUUUGAUUGUGUUUAUGAUGGUGAAGAUGUACUGGCCCAAGCCCGUACAGGAACAGGAAAGACUUUCUCCUUUGCCAUCCCACUGGUGGAGAAACUCCAGAUGGAUUCAGCGGCGCGGGCAAGAGGCCGUCCUCCCAAGGUCUUAGUGUUGGCUCCCACCAGAGAGUUGGCCAUUCAGGUCGCUAAGGACUUUAAAGACAUCAACAAGAAACUAUACAUCUGUUGUUUCUAUGGAGGCAGCCCAUACAACUCACAGAUCGAUGCUAUCCGAAAUGGGAUCGAUAUUUUGGUUGGAACACCUGGUCGGAUCAGAGACCUCAUACAGAAUUAUAAACUGGACCUGACUAAACUGAAGCACGUGGUUCUGGAUGAAGUAGACCAAAUGCUGGACAUGGGAUUUGCUGAGCAAGUGGAAGAAAUUCUAGCCGCCUCCUACAAAAAAGAUGGCGACUCCAACCCCCAGACUUUGCUCUUUUCGGCCACAUGCCCCCCGUGGGUCUAUGAUGUGGCCAAGAAAUACAUGAGACCAGAGUGCAAACGUGUCGACCUGAUUGGCAAGAAAUCACAGAGAGCUGCAACAACUGUGGAACAUCUGGCCAUAGCAUGCCACUGGUCACAGCGUGCAGCGGUGAUUGGAGAUGUGAUACAGGUGUACAGCGGCAGCCACGGCAAAACCAUUCUCUUCUGUGAGACCAAGAAAGAGGUCAAUGAACUUUCAUUGAGUGCAUCCAUCAAGCAGAGUGCCCAGUCCCUCCAUGGAGACAUCCUUCAAAAACAGAGAGAGACUACAUUGAAAGACUUCAGGAACGGAGUGUUUCAGGUUUUGGUGGCCACAAACGUGGCCGCUCGUGGGUUAGAUAUCCCUGAAGUUGACUUGGUGAUCCAGUGUUCUCCACCUAAGGAUGUGGAUUCAUACAUUCAUCGCUCAGGUCGAACUGGCAGGGCUGGAAGGACCGGAGUUUGCAUUUGUAUGUACCAGAAGAAAGAAGAGAACCUGCUGCGCUACGUAGAAAACAAAGCUGGCCUCUCAUUCAGACGAGUUGGCGUUCCCACAGCCAAUGACAUCAUCAAGUCAUCAAGCAAGGAUGCUCUAAGAUAUCUGGACUCGGUUCCAGCUGCUGCUGUUGAGUACUUCAGAGAGGCUGCAGAGAAGCUCAUAGAGGCAAGAGGAGCUCCAAACGCGCUGGCUGCUGCAUUGGCACACAUUUCUGGCGCUACCAGUCUAGAGCAAAGGUCACUUCUCAAUUCUGAUGCUGGUUUCAGCACUCUGAAGUUGACAUGUUCUCAGGAGUUGGAUAAUAUGGGUUAUGUUUGGCGAAGCAUCAAAGAACAACUUGGAGAGGAGAUUGAAAACCACAUUCACAGAAUGAACUUCCUGAAAGGGAAAAUGGGAGUUUGUUUUGACGUGCCAGCCAACAAAGUCAAAGAGAUUCAGGAUGCCUGGAGUGAUGGACGCCGUUGGCAGCUGACCGUGGCCACAGAGCUGCCUGAGCUGGAAGAGAAGCACUACAGCAAUUAUGGCGACAGAAGCUUUGGCGAUCGACGAGGAGGAUUCAGAGGCGGAAGGGGACAUAGUUUUGGGGGAAGUGGUGGGCGCGGUAAUGGCUUCCGCAGAGGCGGUGGUGGUGGUGGUGGCGGUGGCGGUGGCGGCCGCGGUUACGGAAACAAUAGUGGUGGUGGACACAAACGCUUUUUCAGCGAGGCGUUUAAGUAAUGAGACGCCAAACUGUGGACUGAUAGGAUGACUCUCAUGCCUAUGUACAGGCAGGCAUUCUUCUUUACAAUUCACAACGUCAGCUGUUCAUGAAUAGUAUUUAAAACUUAUAUUCAGCAUUAUCAGAGGAGCAAGAUUUUGAAAGGCUGAUUUGUGAGAAACCUUUACACAGUAAGUAGAAGACCAAUAGCAGCCAUUUUGUAAUGACAGACUUCUGAACGUGACAACCCGAGUUUUCACUUUUCAAAUCGGUACAUACUGAAAUCCAAAGUGAAAGUCAAAGAUCUCAUUGAGUUGUGGGUAACGUUUUUAUUACUUUGCAUUUGGGGAAACGUGGGCAGCAAGACACUCCUGUAGGAGGUGACCAUUUGUGUGUGUGUGUGCCUCUAUGGAGAGGGGCGUGAUCAUGGUCGUCAACCUUUAUUGUGCUGGAGUCUGUUUUGCUGCCUUACCUCAGCCGAACAUUCUCCCCAAAAUAUAUUGGAUGAUUGCUUUGCAAUUGCCUCUUUUUACUGCUUGUUUGACUACCUUCCUUCAUUUGAACGGAGUGUGUCCAUUAAAAGCUGGUGAACAAA